AUGGCUGUGUCACUGUGGUUCCUGGGGGUGUGUGUGCUCAGUCUGGCUCAUGUCGCCCCUUCCAGCCAAGCUAUGUCCCGGGCUGCUAUGCCGUUCGGGCUGCUGCGCAGGGAGCUGGCAUGCGAGGGUUACCCCAUCGAGCUACGCUGCCCAGGAAGUGACGUCGUGAUGGUGGAAACUGCCAACUACGGACGCACCGACGACAAGAUAUGUGACGCAGACCCCUUCCAGAUGGAGAACACACAGUGUUACCUCCCUGACGCACUGAAGAUUAUGGCCCAGAGGUGUAACAACAGGACUCAGUGUGUGGUGGUCGCAGGGGUCGACGUGUUCCCAGACCCCUGUCCUGGAACAUACAAGUACCUGGAGAUCCAGUAUGAGUGUGUCCCUUACAAAGUGGACCAAAAAGUUUUCGUGUGUCCUGGCUCACUGCUCAGCAUCCAGCCCGCAUCCUCGCUCCUGGAGGCGGAGCAUCAGUCAGGUGCAUGGUGUAAGGACCCGUUGCAAGCUGGUGACAGGCUGUACGUCAUGCCAUGGACACCGUACAGGACAGAGGUGCUGUAUGAGUACGCCUCCUGGGACGACUACCGCCAAAACAGAAUCACCACCACCUAUAAGUUGCCUAGCCGUGUGGACGGUACAGGCUUUGUGGUGUAUGACGGCGCCGUGUUUUACAACAAGGAGCGGACGCGCAAUCUGGUCAAGUAUGACCUGCGGACUCGCAUAAAGAGUGGCGAGGCAGUAGUGGUCAAUGCCAACUACCAUGACACCUCGCCUUACCGCUGGGGAGGGAAGUCAGACAUCGAUCUGGCAGUGGACGAGAACGGCCUUUGGGUGAUCUACUCUACUGAAGCCAAUAAUGGACGCAUUGUGGUCAGCCAGGUGAACCCGUACACCCUGCGCUUUGAGGGUACGUGGGCCACAGGCUUUGACAAACGUGGGGCGAGCAACGCCUUCAUGGCCUGUGGCGUGCUCUACGCCGUUCGUUCCGUCUUCCAGGAUGAUGAAGGGCAAGCGGACGGCCGGGCUGGCAGCGACAUGGUGGUUUACGCCUACGACACCAGCCGUGGACAGGAGCUGCCCGUUCAGAUACCAUUCCCCAACCCUUACCAGUACAUCUCCUCCAUAGACUACAACCCCAGAGACAACCAGCUGUACGUGUGGAAUAACUAUUACGUGCUGAGAUACCCGCUACAGUUCACUCCGCCACCGCCCACUAAAGGUCCCCUCUCGUCUCUGAUGACGACCGUCCGCUCCUACACAGCUACUGUCGCGUUGACCCCGGUGCGGCCGUCAGCUUCUCACCCGAUUGGCGUCAUCAAUCGAGGGCCCUUUGACCAGCGGCCGAUCACAGCCAUGGUCCCCCUGACUCCACGCCCUCCUCUGCGUGUCCCCUUGGCUCCUGGGGGUCCCGGUCAGGUGGGCGGAUGUGAGGGUCGUGUCGCACGAGGCGUACAGUGGCCCCCCACCCUGAAGGGCGAGACAGUGGAGAGGCCCUGCCCUAAAGGGUCACUGGGUAUAGCCUCCUAUCAGUGCAUGUCGUCUCCAGUGGGUUGGAGCUCCAGAGGGCCUGACCUUUCCAACUGCACCUCUCCCUGGGUCAGCCAAAUUGCACAGAAGAUUAAAAGCGGAGAGAACGCAGCCAACAUCGCUGGGGAGUUGGUCAACCUGACGCGGGGGCGGAUCUAUGCUGGUGAUGUCAGCAUGUCCGUCAAGCUAAUUGAACAGCUAUUGGACAUCCUGGACUCCCAGCUCCAGGCCUUGAGACCAGCCAAUAAAGAAUCUGCAGCACGCAAUUACAACAAGCUGCAGAAGAGGGAACGCACCUGCAGAGCUUAUGUUCAGGCUGUCGUUCAAAUAGUUGAUAAUCUGUUGGGUCCUGAGGCUCUGGUGUCCUGGGCAGAUAUGAGCGGUGUUGACCAAUCACGCUCUGCAUCACUGCUGUUGGACGCAGUAGAGAAAGGGGCGUUUCUAUUGGCUAACAACCUCUAUGAAGGCCGGUUCAGUGACAGGGCACCGAAUGUUGAUCUGGAGGUGUAUGUGCUAAAUACAGAGGCAGACAUACAGGACCUGACGUUCCCUCACUCCUACGACAGCGACAGCAUCUUGCAGAUAUCAGCACUGGCUCUGCAACAGUACAGCAACAAUGGCCAGGUGAAGCUGGUCCUCUCUCUCUUUAAGAACUUGGGCUCCUUCCUGACCACACAGAACUCCACUCUGCGGCUCGGGCUGGGACUGGGCCAGGGGUCAGAGGUCAGGCGUAAGAGCCUGGUGGUCAAUUCCCAUGUGAUCUCUGCCUCUGUGCACAGAGGAUCCAACAGAGUGUACCUCUCCGAGCCGGUGAUCUUCACUCUCAGGCACCUGCAGCUGGAGAACCACUUUGGCCCGAACUGCUCUUUCUGGAACGCAUCAGGUGUAUCUGGGAGCGGCAGGUGGUCUACACAGGGCUGCCGCCUGUUACACACCAACAACACACACACUACCUGCGCCUGCAACCACCUGUCCAGCUAUGCUGUGCUCAUGACGUACCAGCAACCCGCAUUUGGGGCCGGUGUAGAAGAGCUUCUGGUCUAUGUGGUUUCUUGGGUUGGCAUCUCUGUAGCACUGGUGUGUUUGGCCACCUGCCUUACAACCCUGUGCUGCCAGGGGGCACCUUGGCACACAGACCACAGCACCAUCCACUGCAACCUGUGGGCCAACCUGCUCAUCACUGAACUACUCUUCCUUGUCGGCGCCAACAAGACACAAUAUACAGUUGUGUGCUCCAUCAUUGCUGGCUUGCUGCACUUCUCGCUGCUCUCAGUGUUUUGCUGGUUGUGUCUGGAGGGGGUGGAACUGUACCUGCUGCAGCGGGAGGUAUUUGAGGGACGUAACUCCAGGAGGAAGUAUUUCUACCUAUGUGGCUACUCUAUUCCUGGACUGGUGGUGGCCGUGUCUGCAGCUAUAGACUUCAGAGGCUACGGCUCAAAGACUGCAUGUUGGCUACGAACAGACAAUUACUUCAUUUGGAGUUUCCUUGGACCCGUUGCUGUCGUCAUAACGUUGAACCUCGUUGUCUUGGUGAUGACCUUACAUAAGAUGCACAGCACUGCUGCUUUGAAGCCGGACUCCAGUCGCCAUGACAACCUGAGGGCAUGGGCGGUGGGCUCCCUGACGCUGCUCUUCCUGCAGAGCGUCACAUGGUCCUCAGGCCUGAUGUUCCUGUCUGCUCCGUCUCUCCUCCUGGCUUAUCUCUUCUCCUCCCUCAACACCGCCCAGGGCCUCCUCAUCACCAUACUGCACUGCAGCCUCGCCAGGAAGGGCCAAAAGGACUAUGGCAGAUGCCUGCGUCUCUCGCAGUGCUGUGCAACUUCCUCUUCCAGCUCUCCAGACUCUGUGAAGGGUUCUGCCCUGCGGUCCAACAGCCGGUACACCAGCAGCCAGAGUCGGAGAGCCACUGCUAACAGACAGAGUCGCAUCAGGAGGAUGUGGAACGACACUGUUCGCAGACAGACUGAAUCUUCUUUCAUCGCUGCAGACGUGAACAACACUCCCACUCUUAACCGCGCUCCGUUGGGGAACCACUUCCUUACUAAUCCAGUACUGCAGACUCAUGCUGGAGCCUCUCCUUAUGACACGAUGCUGGCCCAGGGAUACAAUCAACCUUUCACCUCCACAGUAGGAACCUUCAGAAACAAGCAGAAGGGUGGUGUGUCCCAGAGUCAGGAGCCCUGUGGGUUGGACAGUGUGUGUCUCAACGGAGGUUACACCCCCAACACCUUCACUCUGCAUGGUCUGGGGACAACACCCGGGUCCCGAGCCGGAGUGGUGGGCAGCACUGACCUUCUGAGGGAGGGAGGAGUUGGGAUAGGAGGGGAUGACAUCUCUCCAGCCCUCCUCACCCCCCACGGGGCCACAGAUCUGGGCAGCAGUGCCGGAAUGCGCCGUAACCUGUCUGAUGCAGCCGCGCUGGAGAAGAUGAUCAUCUCAGAGCUGGUGCAGAGCAACCUGAGGCCCUCGGUCCCCAUGCCUGUUCCUCCCGAGCGCUACGGAAGCCUGGCGAGGCCUCACCACCACGACAGGGCGGCUCUCACUCACACUGCCACACUAACUCGACACGCACAGCCAACCCAGGAGGGCUGGGCUGCCACCAUGCAGCCAAACACACGCCACAACGCACAAGAGGGCUGGGCGCAUACGAGGCACCACACACAAGACGCUGAGACGCAUUCCACCACACGUGGACAAGAUCACGCCACGACGCCACGCUUACAAGAUGGCUGGUCCCACGCACGCGUUUCUGGAGAUUCUGAGUCCCGUGAGCUGCUUAAAGACGGGGACAGGUCGCAGCUGCAAGGCACUCUGGGUCGCCGCGGGCUCCAGGACAGGCAGCAAGCACGUCCCCCUGAUGUUCAGGCUCGGCCCUACUCCACCCUCAGCCGCACUCCUGGUACUCUGUCUCGCCACCGCAGCACAGUGGAGUCGAGCGGAGGGGCGGACAGAGACAGGGAGAGAGACCGGGAUCGUUACCGGGACAGGCCCCUCCCGCCUCCCCCUCCCCCUCCCCCACAGGAGUCUGAGCCCCUGUACAAGGCUCUGGAAGAGCCGCUGCUGAUGAAACAGAGGGAGGCAGGUGUAGAGACGUGGAGAGGCGGCCAAGACAGAGAGAAGGACGAGACAUUUCUCUUGAAAAGGGACGGAAUGAUGGACGAAUGGAGGGGAGGAGCUGAGAGAGGGAGGGACGAGUCUUUUACCUCUCAGAAGAGAGAUGGAGAGAUGGAGGAGUGGAGAGGUGGCAUGGAAAGAGGGAGGGAGGAACCUCAUCUUCUGGAGAAGAGAGAUGGAAGGAUGGAGGUGUGGCGAGGAGGAGCGGAGGCGGAGCAGGAAGAGACUUUCAUAACCCAGAAGAAAGAUUUUGGGCUUGAUGGAUGGAGAGAUGGAGGUCUAGAUGGGCGGAAAAGAGGGAAAGAUAGAGCGCCUCUUCGGUAUCAUGGCGAACGAGAGGAUUCUGACAGCUUCGCUCUGCCUUUGACGCCUGAUCUUGACCUUGAUCCUGACUCCUCACCAAUCUACGCCAGAGAUUCAAACCCUUCCCCGCUCUACCCCGGGGACCGAAGCUCGCCGCCACUCAGCAUCUUUCCCCGAAGCUCUCCCCCGACAAAUAUAUUCGCUCCACGAGACACCAACUCGCCUCCCAACAACCUCUACUCCCGACACUCCCCCCAGGUGUACAGCCGAAGCAGCUCCCCUCCUCGCUUCUACACUCGCACAUCCCCUCCGACCCUCUCGUACCCCGACAGCAGCCCCGAAGGUCCAGAAGAGGUCAGCCCUACUGGCCAGCCCCAGCGGCCCGCCCUGGAACUGCCCUACAGCCUGGGGCGACCCCCGCUGGGCCCACGGCCCAAUCACCUGCAGACCUUCUACCAGCCGCCGCCGCUGGCGUCCAAUGGAGAGGCAGUGUACACAGCAGAGCCCACCUCUGAGGGAGAGGACGGACAGAUGCAGCGGGUGACGAGCCUGUGA